UUAAGCGUCACUGUGCUGUUUGAGCAUGUUUCUGACUCGAAGAGGUAUGAUUUGGAGCAACUUUGCAGUUGCAUCGAAAAUUGUUAUAGACCCAUGUCAGGCGUCUUCAGUUUUAUCGCAUGAGUGAAGUGCUUGGGUCUUUUACGGAGCAAAAAUCACUAGAUCUCAGCGAUGGAAGAAAUGUGUCAGCUCGACAAACAUCUCUGGUAGGCGGGGAGGAGAUGGCGGUCUCUGAGGCCGGCGUGCAGAGCUGGGGCUCCAGGCAGGUGGCCCGCUGGCUGAGGGAGGAGGGGUUCGAGGAGUACGUGCCGCUCCUGUGCUCCGAGCACAGGCUGGACGGGCCCAGCCUGCUGGCGCUGUCCGAGUACGACCUCCGCAGCCCGCCCCUGGAGAUCCGCGUUCUGGGCGACGUCAAGCGGCUGAUGCUGUCGCUGCGGCGACUGCGGAGAGAGAACGGAGCCGCACUCCAGGAGCUGGGCGUGGCCCGGGAGGGGCGUGGCCACGUCUGUGACGGACAGGCGGAGACAGACGAGAGGCGGUACUAUGCCUACGACGGGGGGAGCCAGGUCUAUGAGAGGCGGGGCCAAGUCUGCAAUGGGAGGAGCCAUGCCGACGAGGGGCGGGGCCUGGAAUGUAACGGGCGUGGUCACGCCUGUGACGGACAGGGCCGGGAGAGGUCCGCGGAGCUCUGCCGCCAGCACGCUGACGGAAGGUUCCGGGCGAGCGGGUCGGAGCUGGACCCAGAGUACUGGAAGACGGGCGUGAGCUGCCUGUACCUCACGCUGGCGUGCGGCCUCACCUCCUUCGUCAUGGUGAUCGUGCACGACCGCGUGCCCGACAUGCAGACCUACCCGCCGCUGCCCGACAUCUUCCUCGACAGUGUACCCAGAAUCCCCUGGGCCUUUGCCAUGGCUGAGGCGUGUGGGCUGGUCCUCUGCAGUAUCUGGCUGCUGGUUCUUCUGCUUCACAAACACAGGUCCAUCCUGAUGCGGCGGCUCUGCAGCCUGAUGGGCACGGUCUUCCUGCUGCGCUGCGUCACCAUGUUCGUGACCUCGCUGUCCGUCCCGGGACAGCACCUGCAGUGUUCCGCAAAGAUGUACGGGGACGUGUGGGCGAAGCUGAAGCGGGCGCUGGCCAUUUGGGGCGGGUUCGGCAUGACGCUGACGGGGGUGCAGACCUGCGGGGACUACAUGUUCAGCGGCCACACUGUGGUCAUCACCACGCUCAACUUCUUCGUCACCGAGUAUACGCCCAGGAGCUGGCACUUCCUGCACACGCUGUCCUGGGUCCUCAACCUGUUCGGCGUGUUCUUCAUCCUGGCGGCGCACGAGCACUACUCCAUCGACGUGUUCAUCGCGUUCUACAUCACCACGCGCAUGUUCCUGUACUACCACACGCUGGCCAACACGCGGGCCUAUCAGCAGAGCCGGAGGGCCCGCGUCUGGUUCCCCAUGUUCUCCUUCUUCGAGUGCAACGUCCGCGGGCCCGUGCCCAACCGGUACUGCUGGCCCUUCGACCGGCCCGCCGUCGUGAAGGUGCUGAUCGGCUGACGCCGCGAGGCCGGAGCCCGCCAUCGGCUGCCUCCGCGGCCGCAUCCGUCUCAGGAGCCCGGAGGACGAGCUGAAACGGAGGACGGGGCGGCGCCGGACGUCCACUCGAGUGAAAGCGUAUUUUCGGCAUUUUCGCGUUUGACUGACAUAAAAUGAGGAGAAGGACGAUAAUUGAGGAUGCGCGCCGCUGUGUGGAAAGGGUUUUGAUUGUCAAGUCUUGAAGGGUAGGGUAGGUCGUGCCUGACAAACAUUUUGCCGUUCUUUGAGGAAGCUACUAAGUGUUUUGAUGGUAGCAGGUAGCUUGUGAUAUUGUAUAUUUAGAUUUCCAAAAAAAGCAUUUGAUAAGGUACCGCUUGACAAACUCAUUAUCAACAUGAGUACGGUAGGAAUUACAGGAGCCAUUUCAGAGUGGGUUCUGAUCUGGCUGUGGGAUAGAACACAGAGAGUAGUAGUAGGAGGGGCCUUGUCCGAGCAGGGUAUUGUGGGAAGUGGAGUCCCACAGGGAUCGGUGCUGGGGCCGCUGCUCUUCCUCAUUUACAUAAAUGACCUUGACAUGGGCAUUGAAAGUAAUUUAGUUACAUUUGCAAAUGAUACAAAUCUAGGAGGAAAGUUUUAAACAGAAUCCAGUGACCAAGUUUCCGAGAUCAGUACUGUCCCCUUUCUUCUAUAUUGGUAUUAUAUUACCUUGUUUCCAGUCAUCCAUAUUUCUCCAGUUUCUAAGAAAAUCCACUGUCUGGAAAAUACUUGCCAGUGGUUUUUAAAAUAUCUUGGGAAAAUGCCAUUGGGGCCUGCUGCCUUAUUUGUCUUUAGUUUAUGUAAUUUAUCUAGUAUAUCUUCAUUCCCUAUAUCUCAAUAUUGUUUAAGACAUUCUGAGUAUUGAAUAACCUCCUCCCUGGUAAAACUCUCAACAAAGUAGCCAUUUAAGGCCUCAGCAAUAUCUUUAUUCUUAUACAGCAGUUCUCAGUUGUAUUUCUUAAUGCACUUAACUUUCCUUUUCCUACUACAGUAUUGAAAGAAGCGUUUGGGAUUGCAUUUUGCAUCUUGUGAAAUUUGCCUUCCAAAUUGCCUGUUGGUUACCUUAAGCCUUAGCAUAUUACAAUAUUUAGCCUUAUUACAAGCAGUGCUGUCCUUUUCAUAUCUUAUACAGUUUAUCAUUUUUACUUACGGAUAGCUUUAUUCAUCCACUGUUGGGACCGUUUUCCCCCACCUUUCGAAUUAAUUUACACUGUGCAUCAACUAUAACCCUUUUAACCUGCCCCACUUUUCACUCAGUCAUGCAAUCAAGAACUUGAUCCCAGUCUACAUUACUUAAAUUUGCAUGUUUUUAAAGUUGGCACGCCUAAAAUCCUGGACUUACAGGAGCCCCUCAGAAUUUGACAGAAUUCAUCAAAACGUAUUGUGGAAGGAUCACUUGUAUGAAGUGGUUCCAUUACCUCUAUGAUGCAAAUCCUGUCAGAAUCAUUCCAUAACACUGUAUCUAGAAUCGAUUGCCCUCUUAGAGAUGGAGUGGGAUGGUCUCAGUACUGGAAUGAGAGGAGGUUAACACUCACUCAGGUGUUCCCACAUUCCCUGUAUCACUCCUUGUUUAAAAGGGGCAGUGCCACAGCUUAAAUAACCAAAAUAAUUAGUGUUUAUUGUAUUAUGAUUCUUAUUUGGUGUAGGUAAUUUUGAGACUUGGGUCAUUGCCAAAAUAUGGGAAAAAUUAUCAGCUUAACGUACAGUAUAUCAUUUCCCAGUAAACCGUCCGUGGAAUGAAAGUGCGUGUGCGUGUGCGUGUGUGUGUGCAUGCGUGUGAGGGAGCAAUAGAGAGAUUACAUUACAUUAUAUUACAUUAGUUAUUCCAAAUCCAAAGUGACUUAGUUGAUUUGACUAAACAAGAGACAAUCCCCCUUGGUGCAAUGUGGGGUUAAGGGCCUUGCUCAAGGGCCCAACUGCUGUGUGGAUCUUAUCGUGGCUACACUUGCACCCUAGUCGUGCCCCUUAGCCCCUACAGGCUGCAGCGUAGUGUGUCUUAUAUUUACUCCAACAAGCUUUUAACACAUGCAGGACGUUUUAGCACAUGCGACAGGACCAAUGAUUGGUCAUGGUAUUUGUUUUGCUCCAAUCACUGGUCCUGUUAUUAGUUUUUAGUGUGCCAAAAGGUUUUGCAUAUGCUAAAGGGCUUAGUAAAUCUGUAAUUUUAGACUGGCCUACUGGUGCUAAUGUAGGAACUGAAAUGCUAAUGGUACAAUUCAGUUUAAGACUAAGCUUGCAAGCUUGUUUCAUCUCUUGAAGAAAGAAUGUAAAAAAAAAAAUUGAAGGUAUGAUAUGUGGAGAGCCUUCUGUCCAUUCUCAAAGAAAAGAUGCCUGUUUGCAUCAUAUAAAGUCAUUUAAGUUUCAUUUAAAUUUUGAAAUUGAUAUUGUAAUAAAAAAAAUAUUUUCUAUUCCUGUUUAUUUUUAUAUAAUGAUUUUUUUAUUUGGUAAUGACCAAAAUUUGAAAUGCAAAUUGUAAUGUAAUGGUUGGGUAAUGUUAUAGCCU